AUGGUCAAAACAAGUGUCCUCAACGAUGCGCUGAAUGCCAUCAACAACGCUGAAAAAUCUGGCAAGCGCCAAGUGCUCAUCCGGCCCAGCUCAAAAGUCAUUGUCAAAUUUCUACAUUGUAUGCAAAAGCAUGGUUACAUUGGAGAAUUCGAGGAGGUCGAUGACCACCGAUCAGGCAAGAUCGUCAUCCAGCUCAAUGGCCGCAUCAACAAGACAGGCGUCAUCUCUCCACGAUACAACGUUCGAAUAACGGACUUUGAGAAGUGGGUCGUCAAGCUGCUGCCUUCGCGUCAAUUCGGUUACAUUGUCUUGACAACUUCUGCCGGAAUCAUGGAUCAUGAGGAGGCUCGACGGAAGCACGUCGCGGGAAAGAUCAUUGGUUUCUUCUACUAG